UAGCCUAGGUGGACUAGUGUAGCAUAUGACACGCAAUGAAUAGGGAAAUGGAAGCUACUGCCGCUCAGCUAGGCAGUGGAAGGAUUGACCCCUAUGGCUUUGAGAGACACCAUGACUUUGAACCCUACAAGGAGAUGAUGAAUGAGUAUAUAGCCGUCCUCAACAGAAGAUCCAUGAGAUGGUCCAAGCUCCUUCAAGGCAAACCUCAUGUAGAGAACAAUUUCAGAGUGAAGAGGUUUGUACGUAAAGGUGUGCCCAAUGAGCAUCGUGCCAGGAUCUGGAUGGCAGCUAGUGGUGCCCAGGAACAACUGGAGACUAAGCCGGGUUAUUACCAAUCUCUGCUGGUUAUUGAGCAUGACACCAAGCUGAAGGAAACCAUUCACACAGAUAUGCACAGGACCUUUCCAGAUAACAUCCUCUUCAAGAGCAAAACAGAGCCGGGCCUGCAGAAGGCUCUGUACAAUGUGCUGCUGGCCUAUGGACACCACAAUAAGGCAGUUGGAUACUGUCAGGGCAUGAACUUCAUUGCAGGAUACCUCAUCAUCAUCACCAAAGAUGAAGAAAAAUCUUUCUGGCUCAUGGAUGCAUUAUUAGGCAGAAUACUCCCAGACUACUACAGCCCGGCCAUGUUGGGGCUGAAGACUGACCAGGAGGUUCUUGGGGAGCUGGUGAAGACUAAAGCCCCUGCAGUGGGUCAGCUCAUGGCCCAGUAUCCUGGCAUAUGGACCCUAGUGGUGUCACGCUGGUUCAUCUGCCUCUACAUUGACAUACUCCCAAUUGAGACAGUUCUGCGGAUCUGGGAUUGUCUUUUCUACGAAGGCUCCAAGGUUCUUUUUCGUGUUGCUCUGACGCUCAUCAUCCACCACCAGCCGGAGAUCCUCAGAGCUCGGUCUUUGCCCGACGUGUGCCAGUGCUUCAAAGACAUCACCAGUGGAUCUUUCACUCUGGACUGCCACACCUUCAUGCAGAAAAUCUUUGAGGAACCUGGAAGUCUCUCUAAGGCAACUAUUGAGAAGCUGAGAGAGAAAUGCAGACGACAAAUAAUGGAGGAAGAAUCUGGACAUCCAUGAGGAUUUGGAUUGUUUUUUCCAUUUACUCUCAGGAACUUUGUCCUAUUAUUAAAUUAACAUGCUGGUGGCUUUAUAUAAGUUGGUAUAUUAACUCUAAUCCUGCACAUAUGAAGGACAUGCUGAAGCUUCUUUACUGAUGUCAAAAAUGUUUAACUGUCAUUUGGCAAUGUCCCAUCUUGUUCCAAAUAUUUUUGCUACUUCAAGAUCACCAUACUUGGUGCUUUAACACUUUUUAAAUCUGCCAUAGGACUGAUGGGAUUUGUGAUCAACCACAACUGGACAAAAAACAAAACAAAAAAAAACCUACUGUUUUCUGAGCUCAGACAAAUGCUUGCUGAUCUCCGUUGUCCUAGUUAGAAACAAUUUACAAGUGAGAACUGGAGACCUGUUGAUAUGGAAGGUAAUUUUCAUUCCUUUCUUCACUAAAAUCACCUCAGGGCUGCAGGGGCAGGUUCAGAACCCAGCCCCUGCAGACCUAUGACACUACAGUGGGUUUAUACUCACAUCUAAAGUGCUGGUUCUUGUUAGUAAACUGUACCUGAUAACAUGGUUCAUUCAGUUUGAUUAACUAAUGCUAAACUAAACUGUUUAAUAUGAAAUAAACUAUGGACAAAUGACAGGCUGUCUUUGUGGAUGUUAGCAUCUUCUUUGUGUUACUUCACAAAUUAGUAUAAACUGCUUGGGCUUGGCAACAAGCCAGUGCCACCCCAGAAAUCAAGAGCAUAGACUGAUGUAAAACAUUUCCUGGUUUUAUUCAAGAUACUUAGCAAACAUGCUGCAUGUAACAGGCCCAUUCUGUCAUACACAUUUGACAGCCUUCCUCUGCCCUGCAUUUAAAGUCAGAUACACUGUUGAAGAGGAAAGAAAAAGGGAAAUUCUUACCCAUUAAAAGUUUUAAUUUAGUCUUUGAUACAUGAGGGGAUAAUGCAUUUCCAAAGCUCUCCAAUUACUAAUCAAAACUAGUUUGAAAGCAGAGGAACUCAAGGAGUGAAAUGGCCUCAUCUGUUCACCUUUAGAAAAGUCCAGUAAUUCAAAUUUUUUUUGGGGGGGGAAUCUGUACUCUUACAUGAAACAAUGCAUAUUAGUGGCAAUAACAGUACAUGAAGGCUAUUUGACAUCUCUUAUAACACACAGGGUCAUUAGCUUUACUUGAAUCUCAUGUACAUGUUACAGCUGAAAGACACUGAUGAACAUGGACCAUUAGUCACUAGAUGGGACCGUUUCAGGAUUUUAGUGCAACUUCAUUUCCUUUAGAAACCGGACUCCCAGAUGAGGAAAAAAAGUUUCUGCAGUGAUGUCCUGAGCUCCUCUUACUUUUAAGACUGUUUAAACUAAUUUUGGCAUUAAUUUUGUAAGAGCAGAAUCCAAAGGAACUACCGACAUUACAUUGGGAAAGGCACUUUGCUUUUGUGCAAAGUUAAUACAAUUUGUCUGCACAGUGAAUAUGAAGCUACAGCCAAGAGACAUUA